AUGUCAAUUCCAGCGACUGGUGCCGGAGUUGAGCGUCUUUUUAACUCUACCCGGGAUGUAUGCCACUACCACCAGGGGUCGUUAAACCCAGAGACUGUUCGCGAUAUUAUGUUACACAUGUAUACAACAAGAUUCGAUAUCAAGGAGCAGCGGCUGAUUCUCCAAGAGUAUCUUUUAGACCAUGAGAUAGCCGCUUCGGCCGAAACAAUUGAUGUCCAGACACAUGCUUUCGAGGGUAUUAGUGAUGAUGAGGAGGAUAUCGAGGAUACAACGACUGCUAUAUCAAUUACGCAAGCAACCCCGGACGCACCGCCACUCUCAGCAGUCGCCGCUGACAAGCGGCCUGCGGUUAAUUCUGACAAUGAGGAAGACUCUGAUGCUGAUGAAUUUGGGGAUCCAGAUAAGAACAGGGCAUCACCCUUACCUGACUUCCCUGAUACGCAGCAUCGUGCAUCCGGUAGAAUGCGGAAGAAGUCGAGACUACUGUAUGGGUACAUAGCUUGA